GAAGAGAGAAAAGAUGCAUGCAAACUGUCACUCACCCAGUGCUGAGCGCAACAGAGGAAGUGCCUGGCCAGCCUUUUUUUGACUCCUUUGAACUGGAAACACCCUCCUGAUACACUUGGGAUCUGAGAAGCUGCUCCUUUCUCUCUCCGUUUGCUCGAGUCCACAUGACACAGGGAUCAGGGAGAAGCCUCCAAAGAUAGAGAAUGACCAUGCCUCCCUUGGGGUGGACUGCAAUGUUGUGGUCUUUGCUGGUUCUUUGGACAGUGACAUGUGGAGAGAAAACUUCAGAUCUGGACUCCUGUUCACCACAUCCUUCCUGUGAUGAAUGUAUUCAGUCCCACCCCACAUGUGCCUGGUGUAAGCAACUGGAUUUUGUGCAAUGGGGUGAGUCAGAUGCAGGCCGCUGUGCAUCUCGGCAGGAGUUGGAAAGUCGUGGCUGCCACCCAAGUGAGAUCAUGGACCUCCAUGGCAAGCAGCAUAUACUGGAAAACAGGCCUUUGAGUAACAGCACACAACAACAAACCAUCACUCAGCUGGCACCCCAAAAAAUUGCUCUGCAGCUUCGGCCCGGAGAGGAACAGAGUUUCACAGUCAAUUUCAAACGGGCUGAAGGUUAUCCUGUCGACCUGUACUAUCUCAUGGAUCUGUCCUAUUCCAUGAAGGAUGAUCUAGAGAACAUCAAGAAAUUGGGAAGUGACCUCCUGGCUGCUCUACGCAAUAUUACCACCUCUGCAAAGAUUGGUUUUGGUUCCUUCAUCGACAAGACAGUGCUGCCCUAUGUGAGCACGGCACCUUCCAAGUGGCAGAACCCUUGCCCUCACGUAAAGGAGAGCUGUCAGUCACCAUUCAGCUAUCAACAUGUGCUGCCGCUCACUGACAACGCCAGUGAAUUUGAGAGCAGAGUCAGCCAGCAGCGCAUUUCAGGGAACUUGGAUGAUGCUGAAGGAGGUUUUGAUGCUAUCAUGCAAGCAGCCAUUUGUAAGGAGCAGAUUGGCUGGCGUGACGUAACAAAGCUUCUGGUCUUCACAUCAGAUGGUGCCUUCCAUAUGGCAGGGGAUGGAAAGUUGGGGGGAGCCUAUAUGCCCAAUGACGGGCACUGCCACCUGGAUGCCAAUGGUCUGUACACUAAGAACCACCUUUAUGAUUACCCCUCAGUUGGGCACUUGGCUGAGGUGCUUUCUGAAUCCAACAUCCAACCCAUAUUUGCUGUCACUGGCUCCAGGCUCCCAAUGUAUGAGGAGCUGAGCAAGUUAAUUCCCAAGUCAGUGGUCGGGGAACUGAAAGAGGAUUCCAGCAAUAUAGUGCAGCUCAUAGUGGAUUCCUACAAUAGCCUGUCCUCCACUGUGAAUCUGGAGCACACUUCAGAUCUGCCUCCUGGUGUCUCGAUUGCUUAUGACUCACAUUGUGGUGACUCAGAAACAUACGGGCACACAGAAGGUGGGGAAUGCUUUGGCGUGCACAUCAACCAACUGGUGCAAUUCACAGUGAGGAUCAAGGCCACCACUUGCCUACCUGGGCCCCAAGAGAUUGUGCUACGAGUGCUAGGAGUGGGCGAGGAGCUGCAGGUAGAGCUGGAGACAGCAUGUGAAUGCCAAUGUGGGGAUACCCAACUCUAUGCAGACCACUGUUCUGGUGGCUAUGGCAAUCUUACCUGUGGUGUCUGCUGCUGCCAAGAUGGCCAUGUGGGUCGGCUCUGCGAGUGCAACCAAGAGGAGCUGGUUGAUCCAGAAGCCAUGUGCCGAGAUGUGAACGACACAGGCCCCUUGUGUAGUGGCAAGGGACAAUGUGUGUGUGGGAAAUGCCAGUGUCAUGCCACAGCAAGUGGACCCCUUUGCAAGUGUGACAACACUGCCUGUGAACGGCACAACGGACAGCUCUGUGGAGGAAAUGGGCAAUGCAGGUGCGGCAAUUGUGAAUGUUUUGGAAACCACACCGGGAGUACCUGUGAUUGUAGCCUGGAUACCAGUGGUUGUACAUGGGAUGGCACUGUAUGCAGUGGUCAUGGGCGCUGUAUCUGCAACAGAUGUCAGUGUGAUACUGGAUGGUUUGACAGCCACUGCAGCCGCUGUGCAAACUGUCAGACACCCUGCGAGGAGCACAGGGUCUGUGCAGAGUGUAAGGCCUUUGGAACUGGGCUGCUAAGUGUGGACUGCAGCAGCACUUGCAACCAAACAGUGAGAGUGUUGGCAGCAUCCACUGUGAAUGAGAAAUGGUGCCAGGCAAAGGCAGAAGAUGGCAGCCUCUUCGCCUUCUUCAUUGAGAAAGAUGAGGCAGGCAAGGUGACCUUGCUAGUGAACAGCAAAUCAGAGAAUACUAAGAAGACGUUCCAGGUAGCGCUGGGCCUAGCACUGGGGCUUGUGAUUCUGGGGUUGUGCAUCAUUGUGGGAUACCGUGUUGUCGUGGAUGUCUAUGACCGCAGAGAGUUCAACCGCUUUGAAAAGGAGUGCCAAAGUGCCAAGUGGAACGAGAUGAGCAACCCAUUGUUCCGGAGUGCAACCACCACAAUCAUGAACCCCAGGUACAACAAUUGAAGAGUUCAAGGAGGAAAAUGGGACCAGCCUUACCCCUUCUAGCAAGCUAGCUCCGUCAGGCUUUGCUUCUUCCUAGCUGUCAUCCAAGGGUCAUUCCUGCAAGCUAAGAGACCUUGUCAUUUAAGAACUUACCUUAAUUUUUUCUUUCCCUCCUCUUCUUCCCACCUUCUUUUGUGUCGUCUUUUCAACUGUACGCCUGGGAACAGAGGCUGUUCGGUUGUUAGUGACCUAUAAGAGGCUCUGGGUCUUUCCAGCUAUACAGUGGGGUAUUUAAACAGUGCACUGGAGGGGAGAGAAGACAGCUGUUGGAUACCUUGCUGGACCAGGGAGGUCUGUGUGUGCAUCCCUCUUUAGCUGUGUCCCUUAGGCAAGCCCUCAUUCCUUAUUUGAUAACACACCUCCAUUUGUGUUUAAUUUUAAACCAUAAUACUUCAACCCCCAAUGGGAAUCUCAUGACAAAUUGGUAAGCAAAUAAAAGUACUUCUUGGCAUUA